UAAAUGUUGACUUUUUCAUGUACACUUUGGUACUUAUAUAUGUAUAUGAAUGCAGGGAAUGAAUGCCAAUAUAUGAGGCCAGGACACCAACUACAUGAUCAAAGAAAAAACUAGGAAUCAAAGAUUUAAUAAUUUAGUUGGUGAAGAUGAUGGAGAACAAUAAAGAGCCUUUGAGCCUUAUUAUUAUUAUUAUUGGUUUUAUGGUUCUUCUAAACUUGGUUUUGGGAGUUGAUAGUGCUGAAAAGUUCAGAAUCACAAGACAUGACUUCCCAAAUGAUUUUGUCUUUGGUUCUGGAACAUCUGCUUACCAGUGGGAAGGAGCUGUUGAUGAAGAUGGAAGAACUCCCAGUGUUUGGGAUACUUAUGCUCAUGAUGGGUAUGUGCAUGGUGGACAAAAUGGAGAUGUAGCUUGUGAUGGAUACCACAAAUAUAAGGAAGAUGUGAAGCUCAUGGUGGAAUCAGGCCUUGAAGCCUAUAGAUUCUCCAUUUCUUGGUCAAGAUUGAUUCCAAAUGGUAGAGGACCUGUCAAUCCCAAGGCACUAGAGUUCUACAACAAUCUCAUCAAUGAGCUCAUCAACAAUGGAAUCCAACCACAUGUGACUCUACACAACUUUGAUUUUCCACAGGCUCUUGAAGAUGAAUAUGGAGGAUGGAUUAGCCGUAAAAUCAUAAGAGACUUCACAAACUAUGCAGAUGUGUGUUUUAGAGAGUUUGGUGACAGGGUCUCUUACUGGAUUACUAUCAAUGAGCCAAAUGUGUUUUCCCUGGGUGGUUAUGAUCAGGGAAACGGUCCACCGCGUCAUUGUUCUCCUCCAUUUUGUAGUAACAAAAGCAAACGUGGCAACUCAACAACUGAACCCUACUUGGCACUUCACCAUAUUUUGUUAGCACAUUCUUCAGCUGUAAGAUUGUAUAGGACAAAAUAUAAGGAGAAACAAAAUGGAUUUGUUGGCAUCUCUGUGUACUCAUUUGGGUUCUUCCCCAAUACAACUACUGAAAAAGACAUACUAGCAGCACAAAGAGCCCGUGAUUUUUUUGUUGGUUGGGUGAUGGAGCCCUUGCUGCAUGGAGACUAUCCCACUUCCAUGAAGAAAAUUGCAGGCACAAGAAUUCCAACCUUCACAGAUCGUGAAUCAAAACUAGUUAAGGGUUCAUAUGACUUCAUAGGUUUAAUUCACUACACAAAUCUUAAUAUCACAGAUAAUUCCUUGGUUCUGGAGAGCAAUCUGAGAGAUUUCAGUGCAGAUAUGGCCGUGCUUAUGCAUGGAUCUGAUUUGUUUGCAAAUGCUGAGUACCCUAUUGAACCAUGGGGUCUGAUUGAAGAACUGAAUCAUUUCAAGCUCAAUUAUGGCAACCCCCCAAUGUUCAUUUAUGAAAAUGGUCAAAGGACAGCAAGCAAUGCAUCAUUACAAGAUGUGUCAAGAGUGAAAUACUUGCAAGGAUAUAUUGGUGCCACACUUCAUUCCUUGAGAAAUGGGUCAAAUUUAAAGGGGUAUAUUGCAUGGUCUUUCAUUGAUUUAUUUGAGUUACUGGAUGGAUAUGAAUCAAGCUUUGGUCUAUACUAUGUUGAUCGAAACGAUCCAGAGUUGAAGAGAUACCCAAAACUCUCUGCAAAAUGGUAUAGUUGGUUCUUGAAAGGUAGAAGCUUUGCAGUUGAAGCUAUUGAACUUGAGAAGGAUCCAUCACACAUUUCUAUUGACCACUUCUUUGAUUAGAUUUUGCACUAGAUCUUCAUUGCAUAAGGUUGUAUCUAGCUAUGCUUCAAAUAAAAUAUUCAGAGGAAGUAGUUGUAUAUAGAAGUAGAUGGAAGUUAACCAGCAGAAUGUCACAUGUAUAAGAAAAAGUGUAUCAAAGUUCCAAUCUCUUGUUUAAUUCUCAUUAGGAUAAAUUAAAAAUAAUUCACACCUAGUCUUUAUUGCAAAAA